AUGGAAUAAUUAUAAAGAUAACCAGCUAAAUAACUUUAUUUUACAACUGAAUUGUUUAAAAAUAAAUUUAUAACAGAAAAAGAAAAAAUUCAAUUAAAAGAAUUUAUUAUUGCAUAAGAUGAUUUUUUAACAUCUUAUUUUGAUUAAUAUGAAAGAAAUGAUAUUACAGAAUAAGAAUUAAGAGAAGUAUUUUUAUUAAUUUAUAUUAUUUAGAAAUUAAUUAAAUUAGUUAGAACAGACUAUUUCAAAGACACUAAAUUUAAAUAAAAUUGACUUUAUAUAUAUAGAUUAUUAUUAUUCAUAAUAUUUUUAAAUUAGUAAAUAAAAUCAAUAUAAAGUUAUUAAAUUUAUUCUACUUUCAAAUUUUCUUAACAUAUCAUCAUCUUGUUUGUAUUCCUAAGGUAUUAUAAAUGAAUAAUUUUAAUUCAAGUUUAACAGAAACAGAAUCCUUUGCUUUAUCAUUAAAGGAUUUUAAAAUUUAAAUCUUUAUACCAAAACAUAAAUUUAAAAUAUUNCUUUUAAUAUAUAUCUUGCAAAAUGCAUUACUGGUUGUGAUCUAUGUCUAGGACCUUUAAAAACUGAAUGUACUGUUUGUUCAAGUGGAUGGGUCUUUUACAAGAAUAUAUGCACUCAUCGUAUUCAUUAAUCUUAAUAAAAGCUCUUCCUAUUCUUUUUUCAUAAAUCUAAAUUACUUAAAUUAAAGAUCUAAAAUCAGAUGAAAGGAUUUCUAUGGAGAUUAAUCUAUUAGAAGUUGAUUAAAAAAUAAUUAGUUAAGGUAACAUAACACUUUUAGUUAAUAAUAAUUAAUAAAUUUUGACUAUUCAAGUUUAUGCUAAAUGUUUUUAAAAUAAAAUAAUCAAAAGUUAAUUUUUAAGUAAUAAACUUUAAGAUUUGUAUUAAUAUUAAUUUUAAUAAAAUUGUUAAGGUAAUUUUAAUUCUAUUAUUUAUAAUGUUAAAUAUCAAUUAAGAAUAAUAUCAGAAUAAUAAUUAAUAAUUAAUACAUCUGAUACAUAUUGUUUAAUAUAUUAAAUAAUUCAAAUUGCUGAUGAAUUAGUUAUUAUAAAAGUUUUAGAAAUUUUAUUAGAAGAUAUUUGA